AUGACUCCAACCGAAUACGUCUCAAUUGCUCCUGAGAAAAGUUAUGAUCUCUUGACAGAUUUCGGGGUUAACGAGCGUUCCAAUCUUCGUUGUUCAGUCUGGAUUAGAGUUGUCAAGAGUUAUCUCCUCCAGUUUCUCAAUCGGCUCCGUCACCGUUUGUUGUUCUUCUCUAUUCAAGGCCUGGACCUGAUCUUCCAUCUCCAUCAUGGCUACAUAGCAUUCUCACGUGGCCAUUUGACUUUCGCACAUCUCUCCUACUCCAUAAUCAGUACUGAAUUUGAUCAUCAGGUGCAUUUGCAAAGAGUAGUUGCUCAUUUCACUACUGAACAAAUUGCAAAUAAUCGGUUGCAACUGAAGGCCACAAUUUUUAUUGUCCGAUAUCUUGCCUUUCAAGCUAUAGCUUUUAGAGGUCGAGAUGAAAUUUUUAGUUCAUUAAAUCGUGGGAACUUUCAUGAAUCAUUGGCCAAAGUGAAGAAGGCCAUUCGGGAAGAAAUUGGUGAUGCAAAGUUUUGCAUAAUAGUUGAUGAAGCUCGUGAUGAGUCCAUGAAAGAGCAAAUGGCUGUGGUUUUUAGAUAUGUUGAUGCAGAAGGCUUUGUGAAAGAACGCUUUUUGGGGCUUAUUCAUGUUGUUGACACUGCAGCUUUGACUUUAAAGAAGGGGAUCUAUUCUUUGUUAUCUCAACAUUGCUUAGAUAUACAAAAUAUUCGAGGGCAAGGAUAUGAUGGAGCAAGCAACAUGCGAGGUAUGUGGAAUGGAUUACAGGCUUUGAUUUUGAAUGAUUGGCCAUAUGCUUACUAUAUCCAUUGUUUUGUACAUCGCUUACAAUUGGCAUUAGUAAAAGCAUCAAAACAAGUUGUUCCCAUUAGUCAUUUUUUUCUUACAUUGCUUUUUCUGAUCAAAAUUGUUCAUGCUUCAUGCAAGCGCAAUGAGCAAUUGAAAGUUGUCAAUGCUAAUGAAAUAGCACGUUUGAUUGAUCUUGAAGAGCUUGAAACUGGAAGUGGACUUAAUCAAAUUGGCACUUUACAACGACCUGUAGAAACACGUUGGAGUUCACAUUUUAGAUCAGUUUCUAGCUUAUUAAGGAUGUUUAGUUCAACUGUUGAAGUUUUACAAAAUAUAAUUGAUAAUGCAAUUGAUGGAGAAAAUCGGGCAGAAGGAGAGUCAGCUUAUGAUGGUUUAACUUCAUUUGAAUUUGUCUUCAUCUUGCAUCUUGAGAAGGAAAUUAUGGAGAUCACUGAUAAACUUUAUUCUCAACUACAGGAACUAAAUUAUCGGUUUAAUGAAGAUGCAAUGGAGUUACUUAGGCGUAGCUCAGCUUUAGAAUCUCGAGAGGCAUUAAAAUCUUUCAGAAUUAGUGAUCUUUGUUUGUUGGUAAAGAAUUUCUAUCCACAAGAUUUCAUAGAUUAUGACAAAGUGUUGGAGAAGGAGGUUUAUCAUUUUUGA